GCUGGCAGCCGUCGACAAGCUUUCCCAACCGCGCUGUAGUAAUCCUCUCCCCGACGAAACUUGUGUCUUUUUUUCACAGUAAAGGUUUUUUUCUUCCCAUCUCAUCCAUUCGAGGAGUGUAUAAUAAGAACCACUAGUAACCUUUUCAAUCAUGGCACCUCCUGCAUACAGUUCUAUUGACCGUCUUUGCAAUGACUUGCUGAAACGCGACUUCCCCAUCGGUUCGACUCAACUGGGCGUCCGUACAUUUGCUCCUAACGGUGUCGUCUUCAACGUUUCUGGUGCUCAGGACCCAAAGGGUAUAAUCGCUGGUAAGCUCGAAACCAGUUAUUCCGACAAAGUGAACGGUCUGUCGUUGUCCCAAGGAUGGACCACGGCUAACGUUUUGGAGUCGCGCAUCAAUUUGAAGAACCAAUUGGCCCCAGGUCUUGAGGUAAACGUCGCAACUACGUUCAGUCCUGCUACGGCUGCCAAGACUGCGAAGUUGGACUUGGUUCAUCAACAUUCUUUAAUCAACACGCAUGCCUUGGUCAACGUCCUCGACGGAAAAUUUGUUGGUGAUUUUACCAUUGGUCACGAAGGCUUCCUUGCCGGCGCUGAAAUUGGUUACGAUGUCCACAAAGGUAGUGUUUCCAACUACGCUGCCACAAUUGGUUAUGUUGCUUCUCCCAUCACGAUUGCUCUUCAGGCAACAAACAACCUGAGCGUCUUCCGCGCCAGUUAUUACCACCGCGUUAGCCAACAGGCUGAGGCUGGAGGCUGCGUCUCGUGGGAUGCAAAGUCAACCGAGAACUCUGUUUCCUUGGAACUUGCUUCCAAGUACACCUUGGACAAAGACACCUUCGUGAAGGGAAAGAUCAAUAACGCAGGCAUUGCUACGCUUUCGUACUUCCAAACCGUUCGUCCCGGUGUAACUGUGGGUCUUGGCCUGCAGCUCGACACCCAACGUCUUGGUCAACCUGCUCAUAAGGCUGGUUUGUCCAUCAACUUUUCUGCUUAAGGCUGAUGGAUGACCAGCUGUCCUUGACCAUUGGCAAGCACAUUUUUCACGACUUUUUCGUACGACCAUCCGUACAAUAUGACCAGUCAGAGUUUUAGUAGUUAAGCUUUCAUUUUCGACGUUUGUGUUUCACCAAAUAUUCAUAAAGACAUUCAAUAACUCGUUUUAGUGACCAUUUUCAAUGCUCGUUCAGCCGUUCAGUAAAACAAUCCGAUUAUGUAUUCCUAACCGUAAAAACC